CGGCGUAAGCCGGCAGUGGCUCUUAUAAACCCAACAAACAAACUAGACAUUAUUUUCCUAGCUACUAUUUUUACGUGAAUAAAUUUAUAUUUUGCAGGACUGAAAUGUAUGGUAACUACUAGCAUGACGAGUGAUAUAACGCAUCUUUAAUAGUCACCAGGGAGGAGAGAAAGCAUAUUUAAUGUGAAGAAGACUAUGGCGUCUAAGGCUGUUAAUGACAAACCAAAGAUAGCAUUCAAGAAAGUGAAAAAUAAGAAUUUUAGAAAGAAGAAAGAUGAAGAUGAUGAUUCGAGUAAUGAGGAAGAUUCUCUUUUGGCAAAGCUGGAGGAGAGUAAAGAAUUACGAAAGUACCGUCGUCGGCAAGGCGGCAUCAGUGCUGAGGGACUGUUGGUAGGAGAAAAAACUACAAAGAAGGAAGGGGUUGAUGAUGAUCCAUUUAAAACCAAAACGGGUGGGAUGCUGGAUUUAAACCAAGUGAAGAAUGCCAAGAAGACAGAUGAUGCCUAUGACACAGGAAUUGGAACGUCAUUUUCUGCUGAAACUAACAGAAGAGAUGAAGAUGCAGAAAUGCAAAAGUACAUUGAAGAAAAUCUAGCUAAGCGGAAGGGCAUUCAAUCUGAGGAGAACCCAGAGGAGCAGCAACGAUACCAAACAUUAGAGGAAGCAGCACUGCAUGCCGUUCCUGAUAUUUUGCGUGAAUCCACUAGCAAAAGAAGUGAAGAAAUGUUGAGCAAUCAGAUGUUGAGUGGUAUCCCUGAAGUAGACUUAGGUCUUGAGGCCAAGAUACGCAAUAUUGAAGCCACGGAAGAAGCCAAGCAGAAGCUGUUGCGAGAAAGCAUGAUGAAGAAAGAAAGACCUUCAGAGUUUGUACCAAAAAAUAUGGCUGUCAACUUUGUGCAGCACAACAGAUUUAACUUGGAGGAAGCUGGGCCUGCAAAAAAGAAGGAGAAGAAAGUCCAAAAGAUUGUGGAGCCUGUGGUGGGAGGUGGUGUUAAAAUCUCCACUAUUGCCCCCAAGAGACCUCAUGGAGAAAAAGCUACAGAUGACUUUCAUUAUGAGAAAUUUAAAAAACAAUUUAGAAGGCACUAGGUGCAGUUUACACUUUGUUCUAUUAGUUAUGUUUAAUUGUAAAAGUAUCUAAUAAUGUUGAAGUAGGUGCUUUAACGGCACAGCUUUUAAAUAAAAGUUUCAGAACAGAA